AGAUUCCUGUAUUAGAAGAUUUAGUUGACUAUUCCAAGCAAUGAUGCAUGCAUCAAAUGCCAAAAACUUUGUUUUCUCUCUCUCUUUCUCUCUGCCGCUUCCCCAACCCUUUCACAAUUCAGUCUUCUACAUUUGCAACUCAUUACUGCCAUAGACUCACGUACAAAAAUCCGCAUUUGCAGAAGGACAUGGAAACUUUAGAUCAACUAACAGAAGAACAGAAGAACAUUCUGGAUGAUUACCUUGCUGUUACAGGACAGAAUGAUCUGGAAAUUGCAGUUCUUGCGCUUGAGCAGCAUUCAUGGCAAUUGGAGACUGCGGUCCAGGCUCAGUUCGGUGAUACGCGUACGCCUUCGAGGCCCGACGAAUCCUUGGGCGGACUAGGGCUUGACCGCAAUGCGGAAAAUCAAACUACACCGCCUCCCCCUCCCCCUCCAUUACCAUCUCAACCCCACCAUGUCACUGCUCCCAGGUCAACAAAUAGCUUUUCACGCAGCUUUCUUUCCUGGUUUUCUUGGCCUAUCAAUACGAUCUGGAGCGUAACUUGGUCACUCUUGGCAUACUUUUAUACACUCUUUCCUCAGACAUUCAGACAAGCUAUCACAGGUCGGUCGUCUCAGUCGGGCCCAUCUCGUCCACCUCAAGAUCCAGCAUCGGUGGCUGCUCGCUUUUUACGAGAGUAUGAAGAAAAUUAUGGCACAGAGCACCCUAAUUUUUAUGCAGGAGGAUACUCAGCAGCUUUAAGUAAGGCCAAGAAUGACCUUAAAUACUUGGUGGUAUAUCUUCACUCAGAUGAGCAUGACGCAACUGAUGCAUUUUGCAGGGAAACAUUGGCAAAUCCGGAACUCCUGUCUUAUCUUCGCAGUAAUGAUUUCCUAGUGUGGGGAGGCAAUGUUAAAGAGACUGAAGGUUUUCAAGUGGCAACAACCCUUCAAACGGUCAGAUACCCUUUUAUUGGUUUGAUCGCAUUGUCUCAAUCAACAACAGGAUCUUCUGCUACAAAAAUGGUUUUGAUUGAUCGCAUUGAGGGGCCUUCUACAGCAGAACAAAUCAUUCAACGUUUGACUCAACAGGUAGCUCGUCAGUCUGCUGCUUUGGAACGACUUCGUGCAGAGCGCCGAGAACGCGAGUUAGCUCGUGAAAUCCGUCAACAGCAAGAUGAUGCAUAUGAACAGUCUUUGCGUGCAGAUCGUGAAAAGGCACGUCAACAAAAGGAAGCACGCGAAGCAGCAGAGAGACAGAAGCGCGAAGAAGAAAGACUCGAGGCUGAACGAUUGGCAGCUUUGGAACGGAAAGAACGUCAUAUGAAGUAUUUGUUUGAAAACCUGCCAGAAGAGCCUGCUGCAGGAGAACCAGGAUGUGCAACGUUGAGCUUCAAACUGUGGAAUGGCGAACGCAUCAUCCGUCGCUUUAGAGGUACAGAGCCCGUGGAAAAUGUCUAUGUGUUUAUUGAAACGAUUGAAUUCCGUGAGAAUGGGUCUAAAGCCGACUUACAACUGGAAGCUGAGCAGCAUUUGGGUUACACACACGAGUAUGACUUUGUAUUGAUCUCUCCUUUUCCUCGUGUCAAGGUCACGGAUCGAGAAAAACUAAUCAAAGACGAACCAGCACUUUGGCCCAGCGCCAGUUUAGUAGUGGAGCUCAAGGAUGACGAAGAUGUUGAUGAAUAAUAGAGUAGGACGGAGUACCUUGGUUAUAUGUGAGAUUAAAAGAUUGAUCUUAUUCUUUGUCCAUGAUCCCGAAAUCAAAAUAGCAC